UAAUUUUGGGUGGUAAAGAAAAAAAUGAUUUCCGUACUCUUAACGAAGAAAAUGCUUGGGAAUUCAUGAAAAUACUAUGCCCAACUAAAAAUGUAUGGAGACAAGUAAGAAUUCAAGGAAUGCCAAAACUCGAAUGUUUGGCACUCCAAGUGGCUGUAAAAAAUGAUAAAAAUAUCAUUUUAAUUAUCGGCAAAAACCUAAAUGGCGAACUAAUUAUAGGACAUAUAAGAGAUUAA